UGCACAGCCUGAGAGAGCAGCACAGUAUGGAGGGGAGCGGAAACUCAGCGCCCCCUACAGAGAGAGGACCCCAAGAGAGAUCAAAGGCUCCCACGCGGAUCUUCUGGGGCUUCCUGGCCGUGGCUUUGCUCUUCUCCAUAGUGGGAAUAAGCGUGGUCGGCGUGCUGGGAUGGAAAGAUAAUAAAACAAAGCCUCUGUUACAGGUUGUCCGACUGACCUACAAAAACCUGCAGGGUUCCCCGGUGAACCAGUCCGCCAUCACCGACAGGAAGAGGAAUACAGUCACUUACCGCGUCACCUCCAGGAACCAGACCUCUGUGGUCCUAUAUGACAGCAAACAUGGUCUGGUCUGCUAUAAGGCGGCCGGAGAGAAAUCCUGUUUCCUGCGUCGCAUGGAAGUCCGAGAUGUAGAGAAUAUACAGUCCUUCUUAAAUACGUCUGUGCCCAAGGAUGGGAUCCUCUUGCUGCAGAACAACAGGACGCGCUACUACCGGGAAUUCCUAGGAGUGCUCGCCGGCCGGAAGGUCAACUAUGAGCUUGUAGGAGAGCCUGUGCAGCAGUUGUGUGACCAGCUCCCUAUAUACUGGGUUAAGAAGAGUGAUGGCCCAACAAGACGUCUCAUCUAUCUGUGCAUCGACAUCUGUUUCCCCAACAACAUCUGUGUGUCCGUCUGUUUUUACUACCUGCCCGACUAAGCUGGACCUGAUGGCACAGGCUCCACGCGGCUCUGCCCGGACGGUCCCCUUCAAGCAGAUUUGCACAUAGGCCGGCACUUCCAUUUUAUUUUUGGUGUG